GAUGAAAAUUUUGAUACCACUGUCUGUGUUCUUUGCUCAAGCUUACUGUGGCUGCUACUUUGCCAGCACAAAUCCUGCAAUUCCACAUCCGCAAUUUGCAGAUUGCGAUGGAUCAGCUCCAGACAAAGAUGAAACAUUAUUGAAGUUGAACGAUGGAAACCCAAUCGAUUAUAUCCCAAAUUUCAAACUUUAUAACUAUUCUGGUGAAUUAUACUCAGAUAUGAUGACGAUUCUGCCCAACCUUCGUAGUUUUGGGUUGUCCAAAAACAGUUUUAAAAUAAUCCCGAAAGACUUCUUCGUUCAUUCUAAAAGACUGCAGUACCUGACUAUCAUCGACAAUAAGUUGGAAUCGAUUGAUGCUGAGGCAUUAUUGGAUUUGAAAGAUCUAAAGAAUUUGUUUUUGUUAAAGAAUGACAAUUUGAAGAAUUUCGACGUCGAAUUCUUGAAGAAUUGCAACAAGCUUGAAAUAUUGGCUGUGCCUGCUUAUACUUUCAACAAAUUGGAAGUAGCUAAAUUGAAGAGUUAUUUUCCGAGUUUAAGAAGUGUGGGUGUAUACGAGGGCGACAAAGAUUUAGUACAGGAUAAAGCCAAUGAAUUGAAAACUGUUUACCACGUCUUUUUCGAGUCUACAAUCGGUUUAAUUUAAUGUGCUGAUGUAUUAUAAAUUUUAAAAAGUGUAUGUGAAUUUUAUUAAGUAUUUAUAUUUCCUUAAAAUAAAUUAAAAAAAGCUAAAAAUAUCAAACCACUCUUCAUGAACUCUUAUCGACGUAAAAAAGAAAUUCAAGUCAAUUUCACAUAUAAAAAAUAAUAUUCUUUGUUCCGGGAACUAUAUAGAUCAAUUUCGUAAAAUAAUAAUUAAUAAUUCUGAAAAUAUAAAAUUAGUUUAUUUAAAUAAUGUAGUGAUUAGCAUGUUUUGAAAAUAUAUCGGUUGUUUAUUUUUUUAAUUACAUUUGAUGCGAUAUAUAAUGAUUAACACAUAUUUAUAUAAAUUUUGUUUCCAUGUUGUAAUACAGUCGACGUUUGAAUUUGGUCGUGCACAACAAGUGACCACAUAUAAACGAUGAAAGUUCUGAUACUGUCUCUAUUCUUUGUGCAAGCUUAUUGUAGUUGUUAUUUCGGUAGCACGAACCCAAAAAUUCCAAAUCCGCAAUUCGCAGGUUGCGAUGGGUCCGCUCCGGACAAAGAUGAAACGUUACUCAAAUUGAAUGGUGGAAAGCCAAUUGAUUAUAUCCUAAAUUUCAAACUGAAAAACUAUUCAAAUGAUUUAUACCCAGAAAUGAUGACCAUUCUGCCUGGUAUUCGUAGUUUUGGAAUGACUAAAAACAGUUUCAAGACAAUUCCGAAAGAUUUCUUCACUCCUUGUUCUAAAAAUCUGCAGUAUCUCACCAUCAUCGAUAAUAAGUUGGAAUCAAUUGAUGUCGAUGCAUUAUUGAAUUUGAAAAACCUCAAGAAUUUGUUUUUAUUGAAAAACGAGAAUUUGAAAGAUUUCGAUAUAGAGACCUUGAAGAAUUGCAACAAGUUGGAAAUUUUGGCUGUGCCUGCUUAUACUUUCAACAAAUUGGAAGUCGCCAAAUUGAAAAGUUACUUUCCGAGUUUAAGAAGCGUGGGCGUUUAUGAGGGCGAAGAAGAUUUGGUAAAGGAUAAAGCCAAUGAACUAAAACCUCUGUACCACGUCUUUUACGAAUCUACUGUCGGUUUAUAAUUUAAUGUGCUAAAGUAAUAAAAAUUUUAAAAAGUA